UACAAACUUGCAUUCAAUCGCUAUCUCGGUCUUGCUAUAUAUAUACACUCUGCUUCUUUCACUUACUAUUAUUUCCUACUUCCUUUGGUGUUGGUGGGGUUUGCUCUUCAGACUUGCCCUUUUUCCACGUCCCAAUGGCCACCGUCGAGGUUGUAUCUGCUCAAACCGCAUUCCAGGAGGAGAAAUUUGAGGAGGCCGUAGUGGCGGUCGAGGUUCAGAAGGAGCCCGCUGCUGCUAUUAUUACCACCACAGAGACUACCGACGACGACCCAAAGGAAGAAGAGGACAAGGAUGAAAAGGAGACACCACAGCCGGCAGAAGAAGUUGAAGUAGAAGUCGUAGUACUCGAGACUACUAAAGAAGUUGUAGAAGGAGGAGAAGAAGUCAAAGUCAAAGAUGCUGCUGUCCCGGAGGAAAUUACUACUCCUACUCCAACUGAAGAGGAGGUCAAUGCUGAGGAGCCAGCCGCCGCACCGGAGCCGGAGGCGGCAGCGGAGGUCGAAGCCUCUAAAGUGGAAGAUGAGGAAGAGAAGAAGGUUGAUGAUGACGAGAAGGCCGCCGACGCCGAGUGAAUCAAUAAUAUGAGCUAUAAUUAAUUAGUAUUUGCUUUUUGCGGUUUUAUUAUUAUUCAUAACAAGUCAUGUGGUAAUCUGUUUACUCGUAAUGUUUGGUAAUGCUGUGUACGUCUUUUCGUUUCUCCUCCAGCUUGGAUGGGAUCCAUUCCAUGUGUUCUGCCGACAUGGAUGUUUUCCACGUGGCGAACAUGCAUUGGGUAGAAGCAGACUCUGCAUCUCUGUCCAAUGUACGUAAGUGGGGUGGGUCCUAAUUAUGAGUUCCAGCUGUUAGUCUCUCGUGAAUUUCCCCGUGCUGUGUUGUGUUAUGUUCUGUGUAAUAAUAAUAAUAUAUACAU